GAUGGCGGAAAGUUCAAAGCGAAAAAAGGCAAACACAGGUGACUCCAAUUGGAUGCAGUAUCCAGAUGGCGAUCAGCUGUUAAGUUUUGAGAAGUUAGACCGAGCCUCACCUGAUCUUUGGCCAGAAAAAAUUCCUGGUGUGUCAGAGUUUGCUGCUGAAAGAAUGUUGGAGCAUGACGGAAACCCGCCCAAAUGGAUGGCCGACUUGGAAAACGAGGACAUCAAUCUUCUUCAAGAGUUUGGAAGUUUGACAACGUCCCAGCUUAUGGAGAAAGUAAAAGGCUUACAAAACCUGGCUUAUCAGCUUGGCUUGGAUGAAGCCCGAGAAAUGACCCGAGGAAAGUAUCUGAACGUCUUAGAGAAGCAAAACAAGUGAACAGGCGUCUUCGCUGACGUACAAUAUUAUAAAAUGCCCAAGUGCCAUACUUGGUUCAGCCCAAGUGCGAUACUUGAUUCACUGAAUUGGAACUGCUGGACAGUUGAGAUGGCGUGUGAUUAUUCACCUGUGACUGCAGACGAUAAUUAUGUUUGAUAACAUUGCCAUGUAAUAGUUGAAUAAGGAAUUUGACAGUAUUUGUAAUAUGUUAUCACGAAACACUAUUUUUUUAUCGAAUGAACCAUUCUUAUAAGCUUUUCAAUUUUUCAAAGAAAAGAGUUUUGUGAAAGCCUUAGCGUUGUUGUUGUCAUGCAAAAACUUGAACUUGGCCAUAACUUGAAACCAUUCAAAUAUAACUUGGUACACAUGUCGCCACAGACAAAACACACAUGAACAUGUAUGUUAAGUUAUAACUAUGGCUUUAAUAAUUUAUGAGUAAUGGCCCUUUUCUACUGAAAAUCAACUAACAGGUAAUGGCAUUUGCUAUGGGUCGCCUUUGUUUUGCCAUGUUCUGAAUUAUUAACUUUUUUAAAAGGAUCAAUUUCUUUUCCUAUCCGGGCGCAAAAUGAACUAACAUUCACACCUUACUGUUAAUCUAAUGUUCGAAUGAAUUGUUUGAUUUGAAUAUGAAAUAUUUGACUAUUCCUUGUGUUUUGAUAUAUUGGUCAAAGUUCAAACCACUGGUUUGAUGAAGAAUGUAAAAAUGCAAAAAUGUUAUAUAAAAAUGCUUUGUUUCAUCGCAUUUAAAUGUUGGUUGAACUGAAUUGUGUAGACUUAAAUCUAUAUAUAAGAUUACUGUAAAGAAGGAGGUAAUGCAAUUUGAAUAGAAGUGUUGUAGAAAGUUCGAAAAUUUAAAAUCAAAGAAACCGCGUGAUUUUUGGUGGGAUUUUAAGAGUUAAAUGGUAUCUCAAAUACAAAUAGUAUUCCAUUGUCAGGUAGUGAUAUUUAAGUUGGUUUAUUAUUGAUAAAUUGUUAGGCAGUGCUCCUCAUGUUGUCAUAAUCAAAUCAUAUUAUACAUGUACUAUGUUCAUAUUUGUGUCUAAAAAUAACCAUCUUCUUUGGCCCAUAUCCAAUUCUCCGUUUAGCUAAAAUUCCCUUUAGAACUAGGUACAGUACUUCCUACUCCAGGAUAUUUCGUAUUUCUCGGUCAAAGAGAUAAAACAACCUCUUAAUCAUCACACCUUCCCCACCUGGAGUUUAGCCUGUCAAGCGCCAUUUUCUAUGCUCGGGGUUCUCCGCUAGAACCAAGAAUUGACAAAAUGGUAAUCAGUAAUGUCCAUGAAUUAGGAAAUGGCUGUGCUCGAUUCUUUUCCCCAGUGUAUGUCAUCUUAUCGAUGACAUCACCAGAGCCCCUACUUUUUGUAGAUAAACCCCACAAAUCCAAGGACAGUUUGUCAACCUUCCCAAAAUCUUGUAACCUAUUCUAUUUACAAUUCUUGUAAACCUCAUUCCCCGGAUCAUCCAGACAUGAACCCCAUAGUUAGCGAGGUAACGGUUACAUUGAAAUCUAUACCAUAACUAAUAUUAUACUAAAUAUCCAGAGAAAUAGCUUAUUAUUAUUCUGGGCAAUAAAUGGCCAACCUGACUAUAAAUCAAAUCCCCUUACCUUAAGGCUUAUUCCUGGAUUCUGGGGCUCAGAGAUGAUACUCAUACUGUACGAUAUGUAUGCUUGUUUAUCUGUAUAACAACAUGAUGCAACUAUCUGAAUGUUAAAGUAUGACAUGGAAAUUAAUGUCUUGACUUAAGUUGACAUCUUGUUCUGGUUUAAGCGUACAAUAGCCUGGAAAUGUCACGCCCACACUAGACCAGGGUUGGUCGGUGGCGGAACUAUAUUCAAUAGAAGUUUUAAGUUGUGGUGUAUUCCCUAAAGCAUAGAUGAAAGGGAAAAGUGUUCGGAUAGAAGGAGUUUUCCACUGUAUAUAAAUAUAAACAUUAGAAUAAUUAAGUUUUGAUUAAAAAAAAUUCAACAUUAUAUUAAAGGCUAUGAUAUUGUAUAACCAUUGCAGUGUUGAAAAUAUUUAUUUUACCACUUUCAUUAUGUUAUUUACCUUGUUUUGAACUAAACACUAUAUUUACUAAUAUUGUAUGGAAAGUGCCAUUACCUUGAGAAAUGUUUAAAACUCUACAUUCAAUGUAAGAUUCAUCCUAAAUAUGCGCUUACAUGUAUGUCUUUUAGUUUGAUUUGUGCAAAUGUAUUAAUAUGUCACAAGAAACUGUAUUGCUUAUGUGAAUAAAAUACUGAUCUGUUC